AUGAUGCCGAACGGCCAGAGCAGUAAUUAUAUGUCUAUGGAAGAUAGACGUGCUGUGCACUAUGCCAGAAGUGCAUUUGAUCUCGCGGGCUAUAAUCCUCCAGCAGGGCUGAUACGAGGGUCCAUGUGCACCCAUUCUACUGUGAAUGGGCCCGAAUCAAAUAUCGCAGAGCCUCGUCCGGAUCCUUGCGGUCAAGACUUACUCCAGGGGUCGACGUUUCCAAAUAAUCCAGAUCAAAGAGUUGGGCAACCUAGACCACUUCCUCCACAAAGACCCCAGCAAUCUCAGCCCAGGCCACGACCCAUAGUGACCAACAUACAUGAGCCGAUCGUCAUAUCUGAUUCCGGAUCGGAUUCGGAUUCGGACCCUGGAGAAUAUUCAGAGCCAGAGCUUCAGGCAGAAUCAACUCCUCCACCGGAACUGGCACCAGACCCAAAACCGACGCAGCAGGAGCCACAGGCGGAGAGGCCAGCAUCACAUCAGAAUCAAAAGUCACAGCAAGAGGAGCCAGCCCGCGAAUCGGUUCCUCCAGACACCGAGCAGGAAAUUGUACCUGAGCCGGUCUCGAAGCCUCAACCAAAACCUCAACCAAUACCUCAACCCAUAGUCCAACCGAUAACUCGGCCUAGUCCACACCAACAGGCCAACGCGCCGCCAAAGAAAACACCAACACCGGUAACGCAGCCGAAGCCAACCAAGUCGCUCCUACCUCAUACAACGUCAACCGUCUCAACAUAUGAGCAAAGUCUUUUAUCUGCUUCAGCAGCAGCGGCAGCAGGAGCAGUGGUAACGGCAACCUUACCAACGGUACCAACAAAACCUCUUCAACCACCCGUUUCAGACGAGCCUCUCUUUGCGCACAUCGAUCCCCGGAUACACUGGCCACAGCGACACUCGCAAGAAUGGUUUGAAGCCAAGCAAAAGGAGAUCCAAGCCCGCGGUAGACGCAAAGCAAACUUCGGCAAAGCUGCUCGGAGUAUGCAUAGACAGCGGGUGGCUGAAGGGCCACCGGAGACUCUUGAGGACACGUUACCGGAUAAAGUGCUAGACAACCCGGCAUGGGUGGACAUGCUCAAGACAUUGCAAGAUAUGAAGCCUGUGGCUGGAAAGGGGAAGGGGAAUGAAAGUAGCGGUACUGCCACUAGGACAGCGACAGCGACAGCGACAGCAACAACUACGACUACAAAGGGAAGAAGAACUGGUGGCGGAUUGAAGAGGACAUUCUCAACCGCCUCUACGGGAACCACUAUCAAUGGUGGUGAGUCUGAAAGAGCUGAUCCGGCUGACAAGGCUGUCACCACUCCUAACCCCAAAAAAAGAGCAGCUGGUGUUGGGUUGAGAAGGGCGUUCUCAAAUGCGUCGGCGGGGUCGCCACUGUAG